CAGAGGAGGGAGGGUGAGAGAACAGUUCAGAGAAGCUCUGAGUGAUCUUUCUGUUCGUGUUCUAUGGAUCAGAACAUAGUCAUAUUACCAUGCCAAGGUGCAGGGCAGUCUGGGAAGUCACGUGACAAACAGUGAUGAUCUCACGCAGAGUGAAAGGGUGAGUGAGCCCUGGGAUACUUUAAUCUCGUCUGUACUGUGGCUGUUCCUUAGGAUGCUUGGGAGGGACUGGGCAUUAGUUGGGGACCCGGGACUGUAGCACCCAGGGUGACUUACCCAAAGGGAUCAGCCCAGGGCACCUGCAUCUCCUUAGGCCCUUAGCAGCUGUUAGCUCUUAAUAGACUGGAGCUAUGGCCUCCUCCCUGAAUGGAGGCAGGGCUGGCAGUACAUGGUCCAUGUGGCUCUGGAGAGAGCUUUUGCAGAGUGCCGAGGGCCAUCAGUCCAGGGUACCACCCCACAUGGUGAGGACUGAGUAGGCCUGCCCCUCUGGGCUUAGUGCUUUUAUUUCUCUUCAAGUGAAAGAGCAGGGAAAGAGUUAGAGUUCAUCUUGUUUCUGACUGACGUCCCCAGGCACCCACUGGCCCUGCUCUACACUCACCUCUGACUUCCUAUCAUCAUAGCAAACCUUGUAUAGAUGGUUGUUUGUUUUCAAGACAGGGUUUGCUCUGUAGACCAGGCUAUCCUCUAACUCAGAGAUCUGCCUGCUUCUGCCUUCCCAGUGCUGGGAUUAAAUGCACGUAACACCACACCUGGCAUGUACAGAUGUUAUUUUGUGCUCAGGGUCUAUGAAUAAUUUCACCCACAGUGACCCACCUCUGGAUGAGGGAGCAGAGGCCGAGAGAAGCUAUGGAAUGUGGCCUGACUAGAUAAGUGGUGAACUGCAUUCCAGCUGCUCCUGGUUCAUUCAAACACAGACUGCCCCUCCCUUCUGCCAAGAGCCACCAGCUUUGUGUUCCCAUUGUGGGCUGAGCCCUAGGGAGGGGACAGAGUGUCUGGUGAUCUUAACUUCUGAUAAGUGUGGACCUGAACACUUCUGCUACAUGCGAUCCAUGGCAGGAACAUCUCAGACCAUGUGGUCGUGACAUAGGACUGGAACUCAAGCCCAAGAGGCUCGGGGAAGUGAAGGAGCCAGAGUGUUGGAGAAAGGGGAUGAGCCAUGACAAGCCUGGGACACUCAGCCGUGUUGGGCCCUGCAGGUGGGAUGCUAUGGAAUAUGAUGAGAAGCUGGUUCGGUUCCGGCAGGCCCACCUCAACCCUUUCAACAAGCAGCUCGGUCCAAGGCAUCAUGAACAGGAACCCGGUGAGGUCACUUCUGAAGACACUCUGCCUGACCUGCCCAUGGGGGAGCCUGAAUUCCACUACUCGGAGCGCAUGAUGGAUCUCGGCCUGUCUGAGGACCACUUUUCCCGCCCUGUGGGUCUCUUCCUGGCCUCUGAUGUCCAGCAGCUGCGGCAGGCCAUCGAAGAAUGCAAACAGGUGAUCCUGGAGCUGCCGGAGCAGUCAGAGAAGCAAAAGGACGCUGUGGUGCGGCUGAUUCACCUCCGGCUGAAGCUCCAGGAGCUGAAGGACCCCAAUGAGGAGGAACCCAACAUCCGGGUUCUCCUGGAGCAUCGCUUCUACAAGGAGAAGAGCAAGAGCAUCAAGCAGACCUGCGACAAGUGCAACGCCGUCAUCUGGGGGCUCAUCCAGACCUGGUACACCUGCACAGGGUGUUAUUACCGCUGUCACAGCAAGUGCCUGAACCUCAUCUCCAAACCAUGUGUCAGCUCCAAAGUCAGUCACCAGGCUGAGUAUGAGCUGAACAUCUGCCCUGAGACCGGACUGGACAGCCAGGACUACCGCUGUGCGGAGUGCCGCGCUCCCAUCUCUCUGAGAGGUGUGCCUAGUGAGGCCCGGCAGUGUGACUACACGGGCCAGUACUACUGCAGCCACUGCCACUGGAAUGAUCUGGCUGUCAUCCCCGCGAGAGUAGUACACAACUGGGACUUUGAGCCACGCAAGGUGUCCCGUUGCAGCAUGCGCUACCUAGCACUGAUGGUGUCUCGGCCAGUGCUCCGGCUCCGGGAGAUUAACCCUUUGCUGUUUAACUACGUGGAAGAGCUGGUGGAGAUCCGGAAACUGCGCCAGGACAUUCUGCUCAUGAAGCCAUACUUCAUAACCUGCAAGGAGGCCAUGGAGGCGCGACUGCUGCUGCAGCUCCAAGACAGACAGCAUUUUGUGGAGAACGAUGAGAUGUACUCUAUCCAGGACCUCUUGGAAGUGCACAUGGGCCGCCUCAGCUGCUCACUCACUGAGAUCCACACGCUAUUCGCCAAGCACAUCAAGCUGGACUGUGAGCGGUGCCAAGCCAAGGGGUUCGUCUGUGAACUCUGCAAAGAAGGUGACGUGCUCUUCCCGUUCGACAGCCACACGUCUGUGUGCAGUGACUGUUCGGCUGUCUUCCACAGGGACUGUUACUACGACAACUCGACCACAUGCCCCAAGUGUGCCCGGCUCACGCUGAGGAAGCAGUCGCUAUUCCAGGAACCUGGUCUGGACAUGGAUGCCUAGAACACCGGAGGAGAACGCCAGGCACCGUAUCCGCCCCCUCCGACUGGUGCCUGCUAGCCUUGCCCACCAGAUGUGCAUUCUACUCUGGAGACCCCCCAAGUAUGCCCUCCAGACCUCUUUCGGGCCAGAAGGAAGUAACAAGUGGCCACCGGGACUCUCAUUCCUCGGGUGCUUGCAGAGACUUCGAGUGUGUAUACCUGGCUAUUUAUUGGGUGUGCUGCUAUCGGGGGUCAAAAUGCUGCCUGUGCCCCAUUGUAGGACUCCUUAGGCAGAGGAGCCUGGGUGUGACUCUCCAGGAAAGUGGGGGAGUCGCUCUCCUAUGGCACAGAGCCCUCCAGGCCUUUAAAACUAAUCCUUCUGCGCCAUAGAGAUGGCCUUGCUCCUGUCUAGAACACCCUUACAACUGGUCAGAGACUUCAGAGGCCAGUCCAGUGAGACCAGAGGAUGCCGCCUGACUGAGCUUUAUCUCUGCUGAGGAAGAUUUAGGUUCUACUCAGAGGCACCAACCCUCUUAGCACCUUGUCUCCUGAGAGACGUCCGGUUUUCUCUGACUGGGGCUGUUCACUACCGUGUCCCGUGGAUCUUCCACAUCAUCCUGAGAGUUGUCGUCAUCAUCCUUAACCUGUCAGUCACGUGUGCUUCCCCGCCCCCUUUGUACAAUAGGGAGGGAAGGGGUCUGUGGAGCUUCUCUUGGCAGAUACACCUGCUUCUGCCACAGCCUAGUCCGCUUUUUCCUGGUGCUCUGAGCCGGGCAGGUAGGAACCCUUCCUAAAGAAGAAAGCUUAGCGUCCAGUUCCAUAGGUGGGACCUGUGUCCAGGGAGGAGGUUCUAGGUCAGGUGAGCCUGUCCGUUAUCAUUGGCCUAUGUGGCAUUUGGGGGAUUAAACUUUCCCACAGUGGUCACUGUCCUGCUGAUGUAGUGCUCUGCUUGAAGAUGACCAGUUGCUGGGUGUUAACGUAGGCGCCUGAGGCCAAGAGCUAGGAAGGUUUGCUACACCCCAGCAGGAGGCCCACGGCCCAUGCAGGAAGGUCCAAGUUUUGAAGGUGGGCGGGGCCCGUACCUUUCUAGUGAGGCACGGUCCGCCUCCAUGCACACACCCCAUAAAUCCUACGAUGGAAGAUGUGUGGAGACGAGGGGAAUCUCACAAUAAGGCUCCUGUCUGUCUUCCUGGGAAGCAGGAGUUGGUUGUGUCUGCCCCUUUGCUCCUUGUCUGUGAAUUGCUGUUGAUACACACAACCGGCCGGCAGAGGCCAGGGAGUGUCACAACCUGGAUUUCCUUCACCUUUAAUGAGGCACAAGAAGGGACUUCUCAACUGGCCAGUUGAAGCUCAGCUUACCGGCGUGUUUGGGGGACAGAAGGACACACUGCCACCUCCUCCUCACCCCUCUUUGCCAUCAGGCGGCUUUACCUGUGCUGUCUUUUCUGUUUCCGUUUUCCCAUCUGGAAAGCGUUGGGAAGGUGGAGUUGACCUGCCUCAGGGUGAAAGGUCAGGAGUCCUUUGAGUGUGACGCGGGUCAACAGUGGGUCCCCGUCCCGCUUCCUCUUUGGCGUUAAAGAGGGUCUUAAAACCAAAUGCCAUUUCCCACACCCCCAAAUCUGUGUGUUUCCUGCCGUUGUAUCACAUGUCUGUCCCGAGUCCUUAGCCCUUCUUGAGCCUCUUGUGUAAUCAACAUCACGUUUCCAACUAUAAAUCAGAGUAUCUAAAGCAAA